AUUACUUAAUCCGCGAUAUAUUGCAAUUGAUGAACGCGUAUUAUAUUAUCUAAGAUAUUACCGUGAACCUUUCUCAAUUAUCCAACCCACUCGAAAUCAUUAGUACCAACAUCCAUCAAGUCAAGUGAACUGUGUUUUGGACGGUUUUUCUCGUACUUCUAUCUACUCAUUUCGUACUGGACAGCCAAGCCAGAGUAUCUCGCUUUGCUUUUUGUUUUUAUGUUUUAUACGAUAGUGCAGUGAUAUUAGUCAUCGAGUUUUGGAAAAAUUCCCUGACAAACAUUUUUGGAUAAACGUUAAUGCUGUGGUUUGAAUCAUGUACAAAUCUUCAUAAUAUGUGCGUUUAAAAUCAAAUUUUGAGUUAACGGGAUCAAAGCUUUCUGGGAAUUUUUUCCACGUGCGGAGUCUAAUCGCACUGUACUAAUUUGUUUUUAUGUUUUAUAUGACUAUUGUGGGAUCCUUCUAAAUCUGUCCUCGCGACAAACACGAUCGCGCACCGUCUGUUUUCACAGGACAAAUUCAAAAAAUAUGCCAGAUAUGUAACAGCGACAACGACGAUUUCUGAAAUUUGACUAAGAAGUGUUGUUUGUGUAAAUGUGUCACGUGAUUGCCGAUAUUCGCAUUGAUUCGUUGUUGAUGUGAAACUGAUUAGUUUGACGCCGAUUUGAAUUUGCCGCGCCGGCUUUUUUGUGUUUUUGGUGUUUUUUCGAGUAUUGUGGACAUGGAUCGUUCUAUGUACGGAAAAGUUGUUCCUGGUACUUUAAACCCGUACCAGUGUUCGAUUAAAAAAGGAACAUCACCUGGAUGUGCCAGAAGGAAUAAACAGCACAAGAAAAUUCCUAUUUAUGUAGUCGAAGGCCAUCACGAAGUCAUACCAUUCGUCCAUAAGAAUAUCGGAUCGAAGCAUCUACCCGUCGAAGGAUCUACUUUGAUCCAUUUCGACUCUCAUCCAGACAUGCUGAUACCUCUUGAUAUGCCAGCAGAAUACGUGUUUGACAAGGAAAAACUGUACGAUAGUCUGAGUAUAGAAAAUUGGAUCAUGCCUGCCGCAUAUGCCGGUCACUUCGAGCAUUUGGUGUGGAUCAAACCUCCAUGGGCGCACCAAAUUGAAGAUUCCAGUCAGAUCUUCAAUAUAGGAAAAGAUUCAACUAAUGGUACAAUACGUUUAGAUUGCAAGGAAACUUAUUUUGUUUCUGAAUGUUUGUAUACUAACAUUAAGGAUCUUGAAAACUCGAGGGCAGUUCAGUUAGACGUCGCUACUCUUGGAAAGAAAUUAGUAAAUGAUAGUGAUGAUCUGAACCAAAUUCGUUUGUUAAUAUCUAGGUCUGAUGCUCCUGUUGUUUUGGAUAUAGAUCUUGACUUUUUUAGCACAGGUAAUCCGUUUAAAAGAAUGUAUGAGGAGGCCAAUAUGUACGAGCAGCUCAAAGAUAUUUAUUACUAUAAAACACCUAGCUCAAAAGACGAUAGCGUUAUUUCUGAAUCUACACUUACUAGAAAGAAACAGAUAGAUUUCCUUUACAACAUAUUUAAAAGUCUUAACGAAACCAAAACAAUGCCUGAUGUAAAAGAUCCAAGCGAGCAGUGGAAGAAAGUAGACAAUUUGAGAAAAAAGAUGCUAGAACACUACGAAGAAGAUGACAUAGAUUGGCUACUGGUACACGACGCUGGUUGCACUUGUGAUGAUUCAGGACUACCCGAUCAUAUAUCUUCCAUGGAAGAACUUGAAGUAAUGUUCGACUGCUUUAAGAAUUUCUUAGAGAUCUUGCCAAAACCUCCUGUAAUAGUAACGAUUUCCAGAUCAACAGAAGAUGAUUAUACUCCGUUUGAAAAUGUUGAGUUAAUUCAAAACAAAGUUACUGAACUUUUAAAGCUUAGAUUUUCUUGUGAUGAACCUGUAUUGCAAUAUCUUAACAAAGAUUAGGAGGAGCCAAAUUAAAAAAAUAUUAUUGUUUAAGUAUAAAAGUAUUAUUACUUAAAUCAUGUGUGACUUAGCAGUUAAUAUUUCCGGCAUUAUAGAUGCAUUCAAGUAGUUUAGUAUAACAUGUAUUUAUUAAUUAAUUUAUUAAAUACAAUAAGAGUAAUUGGAUUAUUUUAAUAUAAUAAAAAUAAACCAUUUAAAA